GGCGCGAACACGCCGCUCGAAUAUUAGGUACAGAGUGCAGCCGAGUAAGAGGCGUUCGCGUUUCGAAGCGGCAGCAGUUGAACUAUUAAAACUUUUAAAAAGAAUUUAAGUGUUUUCGGCCAGUGACUUUUGUGAAGUGAUCAGUGAUGAGGCCGCCUACGGAAUAUGACGGGGGAGCUCGGGUGCCGACGGAAGCCGAGGAGGUGGACCCGCGGGCGCCAGCGAUGAUGAUAUGCGCCCGGCUCGCAGGCCGCGCCAUCAUUCGCGUCGUCGGACGCUGCGAGGAUGCCCAGGAAAACAGCCAGCUCGACCUGUCAGAAUGCCAGCUGAUGCAAGUCCCAGAUGCAGUGUACCACCUCAUGCGACACACAGAGCUUAAGACCUGUGAUCUCAGUGGCAAUGUCAUCACCAAGAUACCUCCCAAGUUUGCGGUCAAGUUCAGUUUGAUCACAGAUUUGAACCUCUCAAACAAUCAGAUGGCCAGAUUGCCAGAUGAGCUGUGCACACUGGCUUGCCUGGAGCGGCUAGACAUCUCCCAUAACAGCUUUGUGGCCCUCCCGGCCAUCGCCUGCCAGUGUCCCAGUCUCCACACAUUACAUGCACACCACAAUCAGAUCAUUGAGGUAGACGUGGACCGGUUGGCGCGAUCGCGUGCCCUCGAGUACGUGGACCUGAGCGACAAUCCCCUCCCCCCGCGCGUGCACGACGAGCUCAAGCAGCUCUCGCGGCCCUCCGUGGCCGUGUCCGAGCGCGUCAAGGAGGACUGGGAAGAGGACCUCAUCCUCUAGGAGGCUAACUCGCGUUUGGGGCCAGAGCUGACAUUUAUACGAGCUUGUGAUACUCGAUUUAUAGUCAUUGUAGUUGUGAACGUUCGUCUUUUAUUAUAAGUACAAGAGACUUUUUUAAACCUGCGUUUUUAAGCAAAUUUGACCAACUAAAGGCUCUAUAUAGUCACACUGCAAAUUGUAUGUAACAAAGCCUAUAAAACCCAAUUCUAAAUGCAUGGAAAUGUAAUUUAUAUCCUGUUGAGAUCGAUGCAGUAUUUUUCGUAAAACAGCAGUAUUUUGGUAACUAACAUGUUAAUUGUACUUAUUAUUUGUAAAGCUCGUAACUACGCUGUGAUACUGGCCCUAACCUACCUGUGAUCUGUUUAUGAGAAUAUGACAAUAUAAUAUUGUGUAUUGUUAGUUCGUGCAUUGCAUAUUGUUUUAUGUAAAAUUAUGUACCUAAGAGUAAGAGUAAAUGUGGAUUCCGUUCACUGCAUUACCCGUGUCGAAAUCAUGGUUUGCACAGACAUAGUAAUUUUUAUUUUUUUUUAUCUACCAAGUGCUUACUUUAUUCUGGUCCUAAUUAAUGCUAUACUGGCGCUGUUUCAAAGUAUAAACUAUUUUGGUUCAACCAAAGAUGAAUGAUAGGACCUAGAGACAGCAUGUAGUAUUAAAGAUAUGGGUUUGUGCAAUAUGUUUCCAGUGAGUUCUCAGGGGUUGAGUGCUGUAACGGAUUUUAAUAAUAAUGAUCGAAUUACUUUAUUGUGCUCAAAGAGAUUGUGUACUUAAGUAUAUUAAAUACAUAGUGGUAAGCCAGGGUGAAGUUUUUUUUUUAAUCUAUAAUGAUGAUGAGUUUUGUUCAAACGAUACUGAACUGAAGGUACCGUAAAAUGUGAAUACUUUGCUCUAAAUUUUGCUCCAGAAUUCGGAAUUUAAAAUGAUACAUAAAAUUAUUAUAGUGUGAUAGGUAUGUUGAUAUUUGAAUAUGUAUAUUUAAAGUAGACCAUCACCACUAUUAUGUUGUAACACUUAAAUGAGACAGUGAUAUAUUUUUCACAACUGUUUGAGUAUAAUUACCCAGUGGGGAGCAAUGUAGGCAUGUUUUACGGUAAAUAUAUGACUUAUAUGAGUUAGUCAUUGUGUAUAACACCAGUGAUACUGAUAAGUUUCUAUAAAGAGAUACAAUACGAUUGUAAUGUUAAUAAGAAUAAUGAGGAUAUGCGAUUACUCUCUUUGAAUUACAGUACAUACACUACAGACAGGUACAAACACCAACACCCCUAACUGUACAUCGGUGGACCUUAUUGCAAAAGGCAUAAGGUCCACCGAUGUCCAGUUAGCAGUGUGGGCGAUGGUAUAUGAAACGGAUAUCUAUAAUACGCCUGCUGACUGGCUUAAUUAUAAUAAGUUUUUAUAUUGAAUACUAGUCCAUUCAUUUAGAUAAGAAUGUGCUUUAUGAAUAAGAAAAUAUAGAGAAAACUCUAUUUUGGUGCUAAAGGCAUCCUUAUAUUUAAGAUGAAGUGGCAGUUUAUUAUGUUUAACAUAUUUUAUUAAGAAUUAUUGUGCUUCUUAACGGUUUUUGUUUGUUUUACGCAUUUUAAUCGAUUUAUAAAAUAUCAAUAAAGAUUGUCCAAAGAUUGUUUUGACUGAAGAUAAUGAUUUAAUUGAAUAUAAAUAUGAUAUGUAUUUAUUAUAAAAAAUCACGUAAUUUUCUAAAAUUGUAUUUUCUGAUAUAAGAUUUAUAGGGUUUUAUAAAAGUAUUGGUACCAUGAUGUAAUACUUGUAAUAUAUUAUAAAAAUGAA